UAUACAUGACCGUAUAGCCAUGUCUAAAAAUCAGCAAAUAAAGCGUGCCAUAAAGAGGCUGAUGCAAGAUCUGACAGAAUUGAGGAGGGAACCGGUGGAGAAUGUGUCUGCCUGUCCGCUGGACGCUAACAUGUUGGAGUGGCACUGCAACUUUAAACAUGAUCAAAUAAUCUACCAUCUGAUCCUUUUCUUUCCUGAGAACUACCCCUAUGACAGCCCAAGUGCAGAAUUUGUUCCAAUCGGCUUUCAGUACAAUAGUGGAGCCACAAAACCUGGAAAAAAGGGAACCAAGGUCUGCCUGGAUAUUUUUUCUGACUUUGCGGAUAUACAUACAGAGUGGAAGGACCAGAAGUCUGUUGGCUGGUCACCAGGAUAUACAAUACAAACUGUACUGCUCAAUGUUGUGGCCUUUCUUGCAGAGACUCAAUCUGGCGACAGUUAUUGGAUGCGGGAUGCAACAGAAACUAAUUUGAGACUUUCCAAGAAGUUUUCAUGUGAGGAUUGUGGUCAUACUUACAAAAAACCAUUUCCCCCAUUAGAUCAUGGAAAACCAGAAACACAAACAAAGAAAAAAGAUGAUGCGAAAUUGAAGAAAGGGGAUCCGAGUCAUGAAAUAAUUGAUUAUAUGUCGAAGGAAGUCUUUGACAAGGGAAUCCCAAAAACUGAUUCUGAAUUGUUUGGGUACGGUCUAAUUGUCUCCGGGCCAAAACAUAGACCCUCACUGACCACACCUUGUGAGGCAUUCAGUCUGGAGUCAUUCGAAAGCAUGAAGAAAGCAACUGGAAAAGUUAAGAGUGUGAUGCGUGAGGACAUCAGCUUCUUUCUGCCUAUGUUUAUUCACCCUCCUCAUGGGGCCAAGAUACAGGGAGUUUUUGAAUCAACUUUGAGAGAAUGCGCUGCCAUACUUCCAAAAUGUAACCCAAAGAAAACUCCAAUUGAGGACAUGGUGCUAAAGGUAAUUCCAAAUCUGAUGAGUGCCACCGUGGUGGAGUUUAGCAAGGGGACACAACACACCAGUGACAAUGCGCUCAAUGGCUACUUUGCUUUACACAGACUAAUGCUGUGGGCACUGGAUACAUAUCCUACCUUACAGAAGGAGAUUGACAGCAGACUGAAGAUUUUUAUUGACAAUGAAGAUCAGAGAACAAAGAAGGCAUGUCCACAUAUUGGGGAGUGGCUCAUGCUGUUGACAGCUUCCUCCAAGUACAGGUGGGAAGGUGCUGCUGAUGCAUACCUGUCAGAGAGCUGGAAACGUCAUGUGAUGUGGUAUGUCAAAGAAGACUCACAACUUGGAUUCCUGGACACCGAUAAGAAAGUCAGAAUCUCGAAAACAUUUUCCAGUACACAGGUCAGCCGGAAACUUCUAGCCUUCCAGGUCCUGUUCCUUGAAAUUGCUAUGCCAAAGGGAAUGAGCCAGGAUGCCAUGAAAAAGAGAUACGAUAACAACAUGGGUUUCCCUACUGAUGCAAUGGUGGCAGAUAUGAAGGCUUGUGUCCAAAAAAUUAAUGAUGUUAAGACAUACCAGGAUUGGUUUAAGGUUGUGAACCUGAAGCCACCCACUGAUGAUCAGGUGUAUGACAGACUUUUGGUCGCUGUUAAAUAUGCUAUAUAUACAGAUGGUUAUCACUGGACAUUCUGGAAGACAGGGGGUGGCUGGAAUGCAGUACUGGCCAAGUACAAGCCAUAUGUACCCAAAGAAAAGAAAGCUGAGGACGAUGGCAAGGCUGGAUCCAGUUCAAGUGGCAAGGGGAAAGGAAAGGGUAAAGUUGAAAAGGCUGACCAAUCAGAUGAUGAAGAUGAUGAACCAGCUCCUGCUAAGGCAGUUCCUAAGGGACGUGGUAAAGGGAAGGCGGCAUCUGCACCAAAACCGGUUCCAAAAGGCAGAGGCAAAGGGAAGGCAAAAGCUGUGGUGGAAGAUGAUGACGAAGAAAUGGAAGUAGAGGAAGUUCCUGCAAAGGGACGAGGAAGAGGCCAGAAGAGGAAAGCAGAAGAACCAGCAGGUCCUGCCGCUAAGAAAGGACGAGCAGCACCAAAAGGACGAGCAGCACCAAAAGGGAAAAAGAAGUGAGGAAUGUAGGAUUGAAAAGCUGAUAUAAUAGGUGGAUGACUGAGGUAGUUAAGUUUGUUUGUGAUUUUCCUGGAGUUUCUUAUUUUGGAUAUAUUGAUCAGUAUAUGCUGAUGAAUUUUGUUUCAAAACAAGGUUGUUUUUAUCUUUAAUUGUUAUAUUGUUUAUGUGCAAUGUAUUUUGUUGAGUUUAAAUUUUGCAGUUUGUAAAAAGAUUGCGUAAUUUCUGGCACUUGAUGUCAUGGAUAAACAGUAGUCACAAAAGAAAACACAUGUACUAAAAAUUAAUGUAAGUUUUUGACAGUUUAUCAUUUUGUGGUAGCCAUAUUUGCUCAGUUGUCAGACUGUUACGUUAUGUAUACGUAUAUAAGAAUCUAUCACACACUUAUGUUACUUAUUUGUGAGGGAGAAGGAAGUUGAGGAUGUUCCAAAUUUUCUGAAAGUGAUUUCUAGCUCUGUAAAUGUGAGAAAAUAUACAUUUAAAAAGAAAUCCUCUAGUUGGAAGAUUACAUGUACUUUAGACAAUUGUAUCAUUCAAACAUAUAGAAAUAUAGAUGAAGCUCCCAUAAGUUCAAUUGAUCAAUCUUCAAUCUUUUUUUUUUUUCCUGUGUUAUUACUCUAUCCAGAAUUGUUACAAGAAAAUAUACUUUAUAUAUCGUGUUCCAAAAGAUUAUAAUGCAAGGAAUGCUAUUUAUAAAGUAAUGUAGAUUUCUGCAUUGUUGGUAAUAUUUGUGGGGUUUUAAAAGAUUCACAAUCGUUUAAGAUAGCAUGAAAAUAAUUACUCAUGAAACAUUUUAACAGUCAAUCAAAAUCUUUGAAAAUGCAGUUUAUUAUCCCUGUAUUGUUUACCAAUAGUCUUGUGCGAAAUAUAAUCCCCAUGAACUUAACCAACUUGGGACAUCUCAGAAAUAAUGACCCUGCAAAAUAGUUUUGUCUUGUCAUAAAUAUCAUAACUCAUUGAUAUGACUCACAUUUUAAAAAUCUUCUUCUCAACACCCAGAUAUGGUAGAAUGAAAUUCUCCUGAUGGUUUGAAGGGCCUUAAGGUCUUUACAAAAAUUGUGAAUUUCAUGACCCCAGGGUCUCACAUUGUCCCUUGUUGAGGAGGUGAUGUUUACAAUAGUUUUUACAGGAAAACUGGAUUUUUGAGAAUAAAGGUGUCUAGUUUUGCCGUUGGAAAUGGCUUGGUAAGAAUAAUCAGUAUUAAUGACAGUUUUGAUGGUAUGUGUUUACUGACACUGACUAAACCUUAAGGACUAAAAAACAUAUCAUUUAAGUCUUACUAUCAUCCGUGUUACAAUGUCUUUUUAUUGACAUUUAAAACUACUUGCUCUGUAACCUUUAUAUUCAAUAUUGCUUAUCUCAUGUGACUGUCUAGGCAGCUAGGCCCCUUGUUAGUUAAUAGAACCUAAGAUCUUUUGUGAUAUAUAUUUAAAACAUUUUAUUGAUGUAAUUUAAUUGGGAUCUUGUGUGAAAUUUUAUGCUUUUUAUGAAAACAAAGCAACAUUGUUUUUUUAACUUGUGUGCUAUAUGGUAUUUAACCUGUUUUAUUUUUAUUGCUUUUGAUAUAUUGUUGACAGUACUUACAUAGAAUAUUGUACUGUUGUAAGUUGCUCCCAAAAACAAAUUCAAUCAACUGAUUUUCUCUAAAAAAAAAAGUAGGCUUGUUUAAGCUUGAUUCAGCUAUUGUCACUUAAAAUACAUGAUAUUUUGAAUUUAAAUCCAUGUACACAGGAAUUUAUUGCUUCAAAUGUAUUCAGAUAAACUAAAAGGAAAGAAAGCAAAACAAACAAACGCUAUACUGUAGAUUAUGUUAAUUUUCCUUAUUUUUAAUUUAUUCGAUAUGACUGAAAAUUAUAUAUGGAAUAAUAAUGUCACUAUUUAUUUGGUAUCCUGAUAUUUGGACCUGACAGAAGAAAGAGUAAAUAUUGGUGAUUUCUGUCUUCAUGAUUUCUUUCCGGGGCAGGUAAUCAUGGACUUGUUUGGUUGAUUGCAGGCUUUCUGUCACAAUGGCACUUCCUAUCACCAGGGUUGUCUCAGAUGUUCUGGUGACAUGUGUAUACAUGUACCUAGUUAAGUGAUAUGGAGUUGCAAAGAAAUGAAUGUUGAAAUAGUCGGCAUAUCGGGUCAAAAGGACUCGGCAGCCAUUACUGAAAGUACUAUUUUCAAGUACACACAUACUCAUCAACAUAAAAUAAUUGAAAAAAAUAAAUGAUAUUUUAAUAGAAGCCUUAUACACGUCUGCACAAUUUAGAUAUAGUAUAAUAUUUGU